UUGUGCUGAGCAAGCGAACGUGGCUAAUUGUCAUCCAAGAAUAACUACCAGGACCUAGCCGGCCAGCUCUGUAGAGCAUCAUCAUCAUCUUCGCGCUCGAUUCUGUCCCUUCAUUUUCUUCCCCAAUACACCGGCCUGAUUUGGUCGCUCUAAAGGUUAUAUAUUUUUCUACUAGUUUACGAAGGGACGGGAAUUAAGCACCGAAGAUCAGUUCUCUCUAGUAAGUCCAUAAUCUCUUUGGUGAAAGUUUCUUCAAUUUUGACAUUUUAAUACCAGCUGAAACUUUCUUAUAUAGAUGAUGGAUACAAGUCAUGAUUAUACAGUAGCUCUCUAUGAAGCCUCACUUGAUGGGUCUGUAAGCACCUUGGACACUUUGAUGCAAAGGGAUAGGCUCAUUCUUCACAAAAUCUCACUCACAUCCUUCACCGAAACCCCCUUACACAUAGCAGCUUUACUUGGCCACCUCCAAUUUACUAAUGCUCUUCUACAAAGAAAAGCACAACUUGUGGAAAAAGUGGACUCAUCAGGCCGAACUGCCCUUCACUUGGCCUGUGCAGAGGGUCACACCCAGGUUGUGAAAGCAUUGUUGCAAGCGAAUAUGGAUAUGUGCUUAGUUUCUGAUCAAGAGGGGAGAAUUCCUCUCCACUUAGCCGCAAUGAGAGGACACGUAGAGGUGAUAAAAGAAUUGCUUAUUGCACAUCCAGGCUCAAUCUAUCGGGUGAAUCUGUAUGGAGACAAUGUUUUACAUUUGUGUGUUCGGUAUAAUUGUUUGGAUGCUCUGAAAUUAUUGGUGGAAUCCGUAAAUGAUGAAGAUUUCGUCAACUCCAAAGACAAUGAUGGUAACUCCAUAUUGCAUUUAGCUGCGAUGCUCGGGCAAAUGAAGACUAUAAAAUACUUAGUUUCGAUACCAGAACUAAAAAGAAAGGCCAAUGCCAUAAAUAGGAUUGGUAACAUGACAGCUUUGGAUGUCUCGGAGACUUGUCAUAGAGAUUUCAAAUGUCUUCAAAUCCAAGACAUUCUAAAGGCAGCAGGUGUUAGAAGAUCCAAGGAUUUGAAUUCUUCCCUAUUACCCGCAUUACAUGAUGCGGAAGCACAAUCAGCUCAAUCCAUUAUUGAAAAACGGCUGGUUCUAUCAAGCUUUUGGAAAUGGGUUAAACAUGUAGAUUUGCAGCGUCAGGGCAGUUGGAUUGAUGAGACACGUGGCACAUUGAUGUUGGUGGCCACUGUGAUUGCAACCGUGACUUUUCAAGCAGGGCUCAACCCCCCAGGUGGUGUUUGGCAAGAUUCAAACGAUGGUACUGUUGCAGCAGGCACGUCAAUAUUUCUAUCUCAAGUUGACAAGCAUAAGAAAGCUGAUUACCAUUCAUUCAUGCUUUACAACAGCACCUCUUUUGUUACAGCUCUAAACGUUCUGCUUGUGGUAAUUUGUGGAAGUUCUCUGAGAAACAAGUUUGUUAUAUGGCUUUUGACCUUAACAAUGUUUAUUGCAAUCUGGGCCAUGGCACUCACCUACUUCAACGCAGCAAAUUUGGUGAACCCGAAGUUGCCCUAUUUUCAUAAACACUACACACCCAUCUGGUCUAUAGUGUUUCUGGUUACUGGUGCGAUUCACAUAAUCCGCCUAUUAGUUUGGACAGGGAAGUUGUUGCUCCAAUUCAUGCGCUGGUUAACCAAGCGUCCAGCAAACGAUGCCAUCAACGCCUGAAAGAAAAUUUGUCAUAGAAGUUGAAAUGAUUUUGGAUCCUGCUGGCAGAUGCAUGUCUUUGUUCUAUACAUAUAAUGUGUAGCAGUUUGCUGCAGCAAGAAAUGGUUGCAUUUACUGUUUGUUAAAUUAUGUUGUCUCUACUGUAAUGAGUACUGUGUCGGAUGUAUGCUAUUCUGUUUCUGCUGGGAAUCGGAUGAAAUAAUACCCUGAAAACCCUAUUUGUCGACA